AUGCUUAAUGAUGAAAAUUAUGCAUUCUACCGUAACGGUGUACAACGCUUAAUGUCACUCUGCGUACAGCAGUCGCCCUCGCCUUUAUGUAUGCAAUCGGGCAGCGGCUUUCUCUUUGCACGCGUAGCUCAGUCGGUAGCGGCGCCGCACCUUCAACACUCGCCUCGACAAGUUCAACUCUUCGAGGAGCAUAUUUAA